UUUUUUUUAGAUGAGAGAGAAGUGAGAGAAGUUUUGAGCUACGUGCUUCCCUCCCACCAUGUACUUUGUGGGGUAAAAAUGGUAGUGCUUUGGGAAAAAGCAUUAAGUCUGGGAAAAGAGGUGAAGAGUUGCUAAGUCCAGGGAAGCAAUGGACUGUGAGAAAGUAAAAGGUGGCAGCCAAAGCAGAGCUGGACCCUAAAAGGAUGCUGAGACCCCUCAGGAAUAAGCCCCCUCAGUAAUAAGGCCUCAUUAGACUGUAUCUCUGCCCCUCCCCCCACCCUUGCCCCCUCCCCGCCGCCACCACCCUGCUGCUACACUUGGACUGCCCUUGGCAGAUCACCUGCACAGUCUACAACUCCAGAAUGUGCUCCUUAGUGAGGGAGUGGGCAAGGGCAAGUGAGAUGCAGUUCAUCUGGACACAGGGUAAAAGCACUCACCUCCUCCCUCAGUCUCCGCAAGUGUCAGGGGUCUCGCCAUUGCCAAGGUUCUUAAUCACCUUUUUACAUGUGCUCUGUUUCUUGGCUUGUCUGGAGGCUGAUAGCAUGCUACUGACAGGUGAGUGUGAGCUAAGUGCUGAAGCAGAAGGAAAUAGAAAACAGAAUUUCAACAGUUUCAUGAAAAGUUGAGGCCAUCUGUGUGUUGUGUUGUUUGCCCUCUUAAAAAAUCCCCGUUAGAGAAAAAGAAUUCAGGGAACAAAUAUUAGUCAGCCGAUUAGGUUCUGAACUUGCUCAGACUUUGUACCUUGGCAUAAGAGAGGCUGUCCUAGAACCUUUUGAACUUUUGCCACUGAGUAAUUCUGAAAAGGCUGGAAGAGCCAGUAGUAGGUAGUAGGAAAGAGCACAGUGUCCUCUGCUUGGGUAAUCAAGGUACAUAUUACUGAGGUGGGUAAGGACUCUGGCUAGUUCAACGGGGUUACAGCUUGUAAACUGCAGGAUCAUUUGGAGAUGAAGAAAUGGAUUACAGAUGGUCGCUGGGCUUGAUUUUUAUCCCAGGAUUCACUAUUGUUUUGAGAAUUAGCAGAGUGUAGAGGAAAUGGCCCAGAUUUUAUACUUAGGAAAGACCUGUUAUUCAACUCUCCAUUUGACCAUUUUCUAGCUGAGACAUCAGGACGGUUACUUAACUUCUCUGACCGUGUUUCCUCAGUUGGGAAUAUGAGAAUAGGACAUUUGUAGAUCUGUUGGGAAAUGUUAAAACUAAGAGCAGAUUAGAAUGAGAUGCUGUCUAGCACAGAGUAGGAGCUUACCACCAAUUUCUGCUUUCGUCAAAAUUUGGCUCUUUAUGUAGAAUAAUUAUCCUACUCUCCAUGCUAGUUUUGAAAGAUGAAUAACUUUUAUUUAAGCCAUCAGCUUGAUGAUAAAAGGAGCUGUUUAUCCGAGACAGUCCUGUAAAUGCCUUGUGACCCCAGAGAUUUGUGUGGAAGGGCAGGCAGGGUACAGAUGAAGCCGUCCACACCUGGAAGCCCAGAAACCCGGCACACAUAUGAACUCCUAGAGCUGGCACGCUCUGCAUAUGGCAGAUUCUUAAACCAUCUGUUUACUGUUUUUUAAACACUAUCCUGAUGAGGUUCACCUAAGACAGAGGGUAAAGCAGUGAACCCAAACUCAGAAUUUUGGAACUGCUCUGUGAUUUCAUAAGCACAAAGAAAUACUUGUUUUCUGAAACAAUAUACUAUACCAUUGUCUUCUGUGUGGAAUUGGUAUAUGGAAUGUUAGGGGACUGUGAGGAUGAGGUUGUCCGCAUAGAGACCCUAGGACCCUGGAACUCCCCUCCACCACACCCCCCAGUUUGUGGCAGCUGUGUGCACGCUUUCUUUUGAGUCAGCCACGCGCAAGGCAAGUCAUUUCCCAUCCUGAGGCUCUUUCAGUUGCUGAGUUGGAGUGGAUGUACUGGGAUGUGGCUAUUCGCUUAAAAUUUUUGCAUAAAUCCAGCCUCCACUCCCUUGGAAAGGCUUGGUCCUGUCUUUACACCUUCCCCAGGGCGAUUUUGUUGCAGGGGCGGGGGUGGGGAGGAGAGGAAAGGAGGAAAACAGAGGCCGACUACACGCGGCGCUGCGCUCUGCGCUCGGGAGGAAGCGUGCAGUCCAUUGACUCGGAAGUGCACGGCUGUCUGCAACGUGCCGCCGGGUCCCAGGAUGGAGGAGUGAGGUCUCCGUCGCCGCCGGUUCCAGCCUGCGGAGCCCCCCCCUGAAGCCAAGUCCCCGGAGAGCGCCCUGAGGGAGCAGGGUGGCUGCCUGGUCCAGAGUAAAACUGAGAAUGACUUUCCUCAAAUUCACCGAGUAGAUGAUAGUUUCACAUCCAUCCAUAUCUUGCUCGUUCUCAGAUGUUCAUAGGUGGAGAGCAAACCGCUGGAGAAGAGGAAUGUUUACCCUUGCAGAAGUUGCUUCACUUAAUGACAUUCAACCAACUUACCGAAUCCUGAAACCAUGGUGGGACGUGUUUAUGGAUUACCUGGCUGUCGUUAUGUUGAUGGUAGCCAUCUUUGCAGGAACCAUGCAGCUUACCAAAGAUCAGGUGGUCUGCUUGCCAGUAUUGCCAUCUCCUGUAAAUUCAAAGGCACACACGCCCCCGGGAAAUGGCGCCGUCACCACCAAUAUUCCCAAGAUGGAAGCAGCCACUGACCAAGACCAAGACGGGCGGGCGGCAAGUGACAUUUCCUUUGGCGCAUCUGCUGUGACACCUGACAUACCUCUCAGAGCCACAUAUCCUCACACCGAUUCGACAGUUCCAAAUCAGGAGACAAAGAAAGAGAAGAAAGAUCCAACAGGCCGAAAGACAAACCUGGAUUUUCAGCAAUAUGUAUUUAUUAAUCAGAUGUGUUACCAUCUGGCCCUUCCGUGGUAUUCUAAGUACUUUCCAUACCUUGCUCUCAUACAUACUAUUAUUCUCAUGGUCAGUAGCAACUUUUGGUUCAAAUAUCCCAAAACAUGCUCAAAAGUAGAACAUUUUGUUUCAAUAUUAGGAAAGUGCUUUGAAUCUCCUUGGACUACUAAAGCGUUGUCUGAGACAGCGUGUGAAGACUCGGAGGAAAACAAGCAGAGAAUAACAGGUGCCCAGACUCUACCAAAGCAUGUGUCUACCAGCAGUGAUGAAGGGAGCCCUAGUGCCAGUACCCCGAUGAUCAACAAAACAGGCUUCAAAUUCUCAGCCGAGAAGCCUGUGAUUGAAGUCCCCAGCAUGACCAUCCUGGAUAAAAAAGAUGGGGAACAGGCCAAAGCCCUGUUUGAGAAAGUAAGGAAGUUCCGUGCCCAUGUGGAAGACAGUGACUUGAUCUACAAGCUCUACGUGGUCCAAACAUUUAUCAAAACAGCCAAAUUCAUUUUCAUCCUCUGCUAUACUGCAAACUUCGUCAACGCCAUCAGCUUUGAACACAUCUGCAAGCCCAAAGUGGAGCACCUGACUGGUUAUGAGGUAUUCGAGUGCACCCACAACAUGGCUUACAUGCUGAAAAAGCUUCUCAUCAGUUAUAUAUCCAUUAUUUGUGUUUAUGGUUUUAUCUGCCUCUACACUCUCUUCUGGUUGUUCAGGAUACCUUUGAAGGAAUAUUCUUUCGAAAAAGUCAGAGAAGAGAGCAGUUUCAGUGACAUUCCAGAUGUCAAAAAUGAUUUUGCGUUCCUCCUGCACAUGGUAGACCAGUAUGACCAGCUGUAUUCAAAGCGCUUUGGUGUGUUCCUGUCAGAAGUCAGUGAAAAUAAACUUAGGGAAAUUAGUUUGAACCACGAGUGGACAUUUGAAAAACUUCGGCAGCACGUGUCCCGCAACGCCCAGGACAAGCAAGAACUCCAUCUGUUCAUGCUGUCGGGUGUGCCCGACGCCGUCUUUGACCUCACAGACCUGGAUGUGCUAAAACUUGAACUGAUUCCGGAAGCUAAAAUUCCCGCUAAGAUUUCUCAGAUGACUAACCUCCAAGAGCUUCACCUCUGCCACUGCCCUGCAAAAGUGGAACAGACUGCUUUUAGCUUCCUCCGCGAUCACUUGAGAUGCCUUCACGUGAAGUUCACCGACGUGGCUGAAAUCCCUGCCUGGGUGUACCUGCUCAAAAACCUUCGAGAGUUGUACUUGAUAGGCAAUUUGAACUCUGAGAACAAUAAGAUGAUUGGACUCGAAUCUCUCCGAGAGUUGCGGCACCUUAAGAUUCUCCACGUGAAGAGUAAUUUGACCAAAGUUCCCUCCAACAUUACAGAUGUGGCUCCACAUCUUACAAAGUUAGUCAUUCAUAAUGACGGCACUAAACUCUUGGUACUGAACAGCCUUAAGAAAAUGAUGAAUGUCGCCGAGCUCGAACUUCAAAACUGUGAGCUGGAGAGAAUCCCCCAUGCUAUUUUCAGCCUCUCAAAUCUGCAGGAACUGGACUUAAAAUCAAAUAACAUCCGCACAAUUGAGGAGAUCAUCAGUUUCCAGCAUUUAAAACGACUGACGUGCUUAAAAUUAUGGCAUAAUAAAAUCGCUACCAUUCCUCCCUCCAUCACCCAUGUCAAAAACUUGGAGUCACUUUAUUUCUCUAACAACAAGCUCGAAUCCUUACCCGUGGCGGUGUUCAGUUUACAGAAACUCAGAUGCUUAGAUGUAAGCUACAACAACAUUUCAGUGAUUCCGAUAGAAAUAGGAUUGCUUCAGAACCUACAGCAUUUGCAUAUCACUGGGAACAAAGUGGACAUUCUGCCAAAACAGUUGUUCAAAUGCGUGAAGUUGAGGACUUUGAAUCUGGGGCAAAACUGCAUCACCUUCCUCCCCGAGAAGAUUGGUCAGCUCUCCCAGCUCACUCAGCUGGAGCUGAAGGGGAACUGCUUGGACCGCCUGCCAGCCCAGCUGGGCCAGUGUCGCCUGCUCAAGAAAAGCGGGCUUGUCGUGGAAGAUCACCUUUUUGACACCCUGCCACUCGAAGUCAAAGAAGCAUUGAACCAAGACAUAAAUAUUCCCUUUGCGAAUGGGAUUUAAACUGAGAUGAUCCGUGCACAUCCGUGUGCAGGAACAACUUCCUAGAUUGCAAACACUCACGUACAAGUUAUUGCAAGAUAAUGCAUUUUAGGAGUAGAUACAUCUUUAAAAAUAAAACACAGAGAAGAGGAUGCAUAGAAGGCUGAUAGAAGACGUAACUGAAUGUUCCCUGUUUGUAGUGUUUUCAGUCCUUCGUUUCCAAAUCUUUUUUUCUUUUUUUCUGUUGGGGAAAGGGAAGGAACAGUUAUAAUCACUAAUCUUGGUUUCUUUUUAAAUCGUUUGUAACUUGGAUGCUGCCGCUACUGAAUGUUUACAAAUUGCUUGCCUGCUACAGUAAAUGAUUAAAUUGACAUUUUUCGUACUAUA